AUGAAGAAUCCUCAAGAUCCUCAAGAUCCUGUUAUCGCCAAGAAAAGUUGGGUGAGUUUUUUUGCUGAUAAUAGGAAACUUGGGAAUGGCUUCAGUCUGAAUUAUGUGCCACCAAAUGUUGAAGAUUCAGUAUUUUUUUUUGAGGAUGAAUGGAAUGAAGGAAGUUCUAUUUGGAAAUCUUCACUUAUUGGACAAGUUUUGGGUCUAAAUGCCAAAUUCAAAGCAAUGGAAACUUAUGUCUUGAAAGUCUGGGGAAAUCUGGCAAUUCCUAAAGUUUGUCUUCUCAAACCUGGUCUUUUCUUGUUCAAGUUUAAAAGCACGGUUGAUAUGAGAAGCAUUUUGGAGAAUGACCCUUGGUUUUUUGGGUCCAGGCCUAUCCUCCUGAAGCAUUGGUCAGUGGAUGAUGAGAUAGAAAAGAGGAAUGAUUGUGUGUAUCCUGUAUGGAUUCAUUUACCAGGCAAUGAUUGUGUGUAUCCUGUAUGGAUUCAUUUACCAGGCUUGAAACUCAACUUGUGGAAUGCAAAAAGUAUUAGCAAAAUUGCUAGUAUUAUUGAUAAACCAAUUGCCACAGACAAGCUUACAGCCAAUAGACAAAGGCUUGCAUAUGCAAGGGUGUUAGUUGAAGUGAACAUGCCCUCUAAACUACCAGAUGAAAUCCUUAUUCAGGGUCAAAAUGGGAAAAAUUAUCUCCAAAAGGUAUUUUAUGAAUUGAAACCAAGAUGGUGUAACUUCUGUAGAGUGGUGGGUCAUGAAUCAAAUCUCUGUAGAAGACAGGGAGAUCUUCAAGCUAGGGGAAAUGAGACUAUGAUGCAAGAGCAUGUUAUGGAACCUGUGCAUGUUAAAAAUCAUGAGGGAGUCCUGACAAAAGGAAAAGAGGCUAUGAUGAAUGAAGACAUUUUGCAUCAGAAUGUACCUCUGCAAGGGAAAGAAAUUGACCUGCAUAUGAGGAGCAAUAUUGAGUAUCAGGAAAAACAUGGCACCUGUGACACAUUCUCUAUGGCAAAAGGCAAAGAGGUAUUGCAGGAAGGUCAAAAUUACAAGGAUAAAGAAAAUAUUAGUCCCAUGAACAUGAAUAAUUCGUGGACUCUUAUUCAAGGCAAUAAAGUCAGGAAGGCUACCUCAAGUUUUUCAGGAAUGAACAUUGAUAGAAGAGAUCCCUCUACGAUUGAUAGGGGGGUCUUUAUUAAAUGA